AUGCAAGCUGAGUUACUGGAAGAAGCUACCAGUAGCAGUGACAGAGGAAGCGCUAACCAGCAAAAGGCACUUAUUUGUUGUAUUCCUGGCGCGUUUUCACGGGCACUUGAAGGGCGACUUAGAGAAUGUGAAGUGAAAAUAGCGGGAGAGCAAGAAGUUAUCGAGCAUCUAUCAAGUGAAUGGUCGUGUUUGAUGGAGUGCGAAAGAGAUUCAGAGCUACGAGCUGAAUUAUUGAAAAACGCGUUCAAUAGAUUCGAGUCACUCAAGUAUACAGUGCUUUCUUCCGUUCCUGGAAUCCACACACUCUCCGAUUUUAUCAGAAAAUACCCGGACUGCAAAGUUGUCUUCAUCAAACAAAGCUUCAAGCUGCAAGACUUCUGUAGCACCUUCAGGAGGACGGACUGGUUCGAAACUAAUUUCGGCAUCCGAGGUCCUGAAUUGCGAUCGUUUUACUGGAUCAUUUUGCCGCUCUUUAUGCAGAGUUUCUUCAAUAUUGAUCCACCGCGCAAUCUUUUCAACAGUCCUGCCAAGGGAUCAGAUUCUGCCACACUCUAUCAAAUAAACCGCCAUGAACUAAUCGAGGCCGCGGCCGGAUCACAAGAUGCCAUAGAAGUCUUUCUCAGCCAUAAAGUGAAUCCACAGAAUCUUAUGAAACUAUCACUCGAUGACGAUAUUGAUGAUGCGGUUCGGUUUUUAGGAGGAAAGAUUAACCCUGUUGGGCAUCAGGAUUACGACAAGGCCUUUACGUCAGAGUACUGGAAUCGAAUGAAGAUUAGAGACACCUUGCUCGUCAUAGCUAAAUGCUGCGUUGCCAUCCUUAUCGUCGCUCUUCUUGCGGAGAUUCUUCUACUGUAA